ACCAACAGUUGACUGACUUUUCUGGCCAAUCUUAGCUUUAGAGGCGGGGGAUAGAAAACGUGCAAGAUGAUAGCCUACAUAUGGGCUUCGGUUGCUCUGAGGAGAAGCCGGAGUCAGCAGAGGUAGUCCAGCAGUGGAAGAGAAACAUUUCGAGAAGAUGGUUUCAAUUAAAUCGCCGUAUCUGGUGCCGGUGUCCUGCGCCCAGGCUCUGCUCGCUGUGGGCUGUUUAACUGUCGCCUGCCUCGCUUUCCUGCUGGUUCGCCAGCUCGUCAAGCAGAGAAGACCCCCGGGCUUUCCUCCUGGUCCAUCUCCCAUCCCAGUGAUAGGGAACAUAAUGUCUCUGGCCACCGAGCCGCACGUCUUCCUCAAGAAGCAGAGUGAAGUUCAUGGACAGAUUUUCAGUCUGGACCUGGGAGGGAUAUUGACUGUGGUAUUAACUGGAUACGACUGUGUCAGGGAAUGCCUCUACCAUCAAAGUGAGGUGUUUGCUGAUCGCCCAUCGCUGCCUUUAUUCAUGAAAAUGACUAAAAUGGGUGGGCUUCUCAAUUGUAAAUACGGCAAAGCCUGGAUUGAACACCGUAAACUGGCUUGCAACUCUUUCCGUUACUUCGGCAGCGGCCAGAGACAGUUUGAAAGGAAGAUCUCAGAGGAGUGCAUGUUCUUUGUCGAUGCCAUUGACGAGCACAAAGGAAAGCCCUUCAACCCCAAACACCUGGUGACCAACGCUGUGUCCAACAUUACCAAUCUGAUCAUAUUUGGACAGCGUUUUACUUACGACGACCGCAACUUCCAGCACAUGAUUGAGAUAUUCAGUGAGAAUGUGGAGCUAGCAGUAAGCGGCUGGGCCCUCCUCUACAACGCCUUCCCUUGGAUUGAGUAUGUCCCCUUUGGAAAACACCAGAAGCUGUUCCGCAAUGCUGCUGAGGUGUAUGACUUCUUGCUGCAGGUUAUAAAGGAUUUCUCCGAGGGCAGGGUGCCACAUGCACCUCGCCACUAUGUUGAUGCUUAUUUGGAUGAGUUGGAGCAGAAUGCAGGAGAACCCAGCUCCUCUUUUUCCUAUGAGAACCUCAUCUACUCAGUGGGUGAGCUUAUUAUUGCUGGCACAGAGACCACUACUAACACCCUGCGCUGGGCCAUGCUGUACAUGGCUCUCUACCCCAACAUACAAGAGAGGGUGCACAGAGAGAUUGACAGCUUGCUGGCCAAUGGGAGAGCACCCACUUUGGAGGACAAACAGAAGAUGCCUUACGUAGAGGCUGUUCUGCACGAGAUCCUUCGCUUCUGCAACAUUGUCCCACUUGGUAUUUUCCGUGCCACCUCCCAGGAUGCAAAUGUCAACGGGUACGCAAUUCCCAAAGGCACCAUGGUGAUCACAAACCUCUACUCAGUGCACUUUGAUGAGAAGUACUGGAACGAUCCAGGUGUAUUCUCACCACAGAGGUUUCUGGACAGCAAUGGCAACUUUGUGAGGCGUGAGGCAUUCCUGCCAUUCUCCUUGGGGAGGCGUUGCUGCCUGGGUGAACAGCUGGCCAGGAUGGAGAUGUUCCUAUUUUUCACCACUUUGAUGCAGAGGUUUCAUCUUCAGUUCCCUCCUGGAACAAUUCCCACCGUCACUCCCAAACUGGGCAUGACCUUACAGCCCAAACCUUACUCCAUCUGUGCUGUCCGCAGGCAGCAGAAAAAUCCCGGCUCUUGAGACACUCCUUAUCACAAGUAGGCAAGCAGGAAUUUAUUACAGCUUGAUCAACUGUUUGAGCAAGAAUUUGAUUUAAUUUUGCACAGCAAUGCAACCACAUGAUACGGGUG